UUUAAUAAGGUUUUAUACUAACUCAGUUUUUCCCUUGCCGCGCACUUCACUCACGCGCGUAUGCACGCAGACCACUCCUCUUGCGUCCCCGUUUCGUCUCCUCUCAUAUCGAUGCAAGGAGAGGAAACGCUCGUUUUAUUUCAUUCGUAAGUAGUCCUCCAGUAACCUCACCAAGAAGGAUAUCGAAGAGGACAGAGGACUUAACCCGUGCUUGCCUCGAAAUUCGAUGACGGAAUCACCCAAUGAGCGUAAUUUAUCAAACCCUAAUCAGCCUCAGCCCGGUUCUUUUUGCGGUGUAUGUGCACCUCGCCUAAACGGGAUUGUAGCCUAUAUGUAAGGAAGAUUAUAAUUGCAUUAUGAACUUGAACACUUUGAUAAAAGUAUGGGGAUCAAUUGCUGGGUCGUCAUCUAUCGGUUUAUAAUGAUUUAUAGCGCAUACCCGUAGUAGCUUGAUCAAUAGCCUAUCAUCUCCUGAAAUCUCCUCUUUGAAUAGGAAUACAAUUGUAUGAUUUGUUAACAGUCUAGCGUAUAUGGUCAGCAUGUGGACGCUCCUUUGUUCUGUCUUGGAAGAGACCCGUUCAUUCCUUGCCACUGGAAGGUAAACCAACACCGGACCAUGGUUCGAUGCUCCUUGAAUAGGCUACUCACCCUUGCAUAGACCUGCUAUAGAAGGCUACGGCCCGGUGUUGGAAUUACAAUUGGAUUCAAAGAAAUGCUGUAAAACAAUCCAAUGGACAAUUACUCACAUCUACAACUGCAGUGUCUGGAGAUGACGACUAAGAGGAAGAUCAUUGGGCGCCUGGUGCCGUGCCGGUGCUUCCGGGGUGAGGAAGAGGUCAUCUCAGUGCUGGACUACUCCCACUGCAGUCUGCAGCAGGUGCCCAAGGAGAUCUUCAGCUUCGAGCGCACACUGGAGGAGCUCUACCUGGAUGCCAACCAGAUUGAGGAGCUGCCCAAGCAACUAUUUAACUGUCAGGCUCUCCGUAAACUGAGCAUACCUGACAAUGACCUGUCAAACCUGCCAACCACCAUAGCCAGCCUUGUAAACCUGAGGGAGUUGGACAUCAGUAAAAACGGUAUUCAAGAGUUCCCAGACAACAUUAAAUGCUGUAAAUGCCUAUCUGUUGUGGAGGCCAGUGUAAAUCCUAUUGCCAAGCUCCCAGAGGGCUUCACCCAGCUCCUCAACCUGACACAGCUCUUCUUAAACGAUGCCUUUCUGGAAUACCUCCCCGCCAACUUUGGGAGACUUUCCAAGUUACGGAUCCUGGAAUUGCGAGAGAACCACCUGAAAACGAUGCCAAAGUCAAUACACAGACUGUCACAGCUGGAGCGAUUAGACUUGGGAAGCAAUGAAUUCACUGAACUGCCUGAAGUCCUGGAGCAGAUCCAUAACCUAAAGGAGCUGUGGAUGGACAACAACUCACUGCAGACAAUACCUGGGUGUAUAGGGAAGCUGAGGCAUCUGCGCUACCUGGACCUGGCUAAAAACAGGAUUGAAAGCCUGGACACUGACAUCUCUGGCUGUGAGUCCCUGGAGGACCUCCUGCUCUCCUCCAACAUGCUGCAGCAUCUGCCUGACACCAUAGGAAUGUUGAAAAAACUCACAACAUUAAAAGUGGAUGACAACCAGCUCACCUCACUGCCUAACACCAUUGGAAGUGGACGCGCCAAAUUAGGUUUAUCGCUUUUAGAAGAGUUUGACUGCAGCUGUAAUGAAUUGGAGUCCCUGCCCCCAACCAUUGGCUACCUGCAUAACCUCCGCACAUUUUCUGCUGAUGAGAACUUCCUUGUUGAACUACCCAGGGAGAUUGGGAACUGUAAGAAUGUGACAGUCAUGUCGUUGCGCUCCAAUAAGCUGGAGUUUCUACCUGACGAAAUUGGGCAGAUGACCAAGCUACAUGUUCUCAAUUUAAGCGACAAUAGAUUAAAAAACCUUCCGUUCACGUUCACAAAACUAAAAGAUCUUGCUGCUCUUUGGCUAUCAGACAAUCAGUCCAAGGCCCUGAUCCCUCUCCAGACCGAGGCCCAUCCAGAGACCAAGCAGAGGGUCCUCACCAACUACAUGUUCCCUCAGCAACCACGACAUGAUGAGGACUACCAGUCAGACAGUGACAGUUUCAACCCCACCUUAUGGGAGGAACAGCGUCAGCAGAGGAUGACUGUGGCCUUUGAGUUCGAGGAGAAGAAGGAGGAAGAGGACAACUCUGGAAAAGUCAAGGUUGAGAUCAAUCUGAAGCGCUACCCUACACCGUACCCAGAGGAUCUGAAGAACAUGGUGAAGUCAGUGCAGAACAUGGUGGGCAAGAACCAGCAUCCCCUCAGCACUAACUGCUCUGGUACCAAUAUGGAGUCACGAAAACAAGAACAGUAUGAGCCCCCCUGGCCCAUGCCCCCCAAAGAGGUGAUGGAGAGAGAGAUGAAAGAGAGAGAAAGAGAGUUCAACAAGACUCAGAUGACAGAGCAGGGUGUAAUCCACAAUUCUGCCAUCGACAUCCCAAAGCGCAAGGACAAGGAGGAUCUGACUGAGAGCUCAGAGGAUUCUAUGGGCGGCUCUCCGAAUGACAUCCGUAUCUCUGAUAUGAGGCCCACCCUGGUGGAACCGCCCAUGUACAAACCAAAAGUUGUAUUACUGGGAAAAGACAAGAAAGAAUCUAUAGAUGAGUCAGACCCAGACAAGAUGCAUUGCCUGAACAACAGUGGCUCGUCGGCCACGUACUCAGACUACUCUCCGUCCCAGGGUUCUUCUGGCUCUUCCAACCCCCCGGGGAAUGGGUCCACCUUGCAGGCUGCUGGGAAGGAUGGAGGAGUGCCUCAACAACACUGGACCAACAGGCUGGCUCAGCAGUUCCCCAAGCCGAUCGAGACCAAGCCCCUACUGAGUCAGAGAGACCCCAGAGAGACCCCUCCCUCCAGCACACUGCAGCAGCGCAGCGAGCGGCGCCCCCUCAGCGACACCUUUGACCAGUGGAACGACUCCUCCCACUAUGACAACACAGGCUUCGUGUCUGAAGAAGCUCCUCUGGAGACUCCCAGUGGUAGCAGCAGUGGUAACCCCAUGCUGGGCUCCAAGUCCUGCAGCUCCUCCACCUCCCAUGGGGGCCGCCGGCCCCUCAUGAGGCAGGAGCGCAUCGUGGGCAUCCCCUUGGAGCUGCAGGAUGCCCCUCACCAACACCCCUCCCACCAAUUCCAUAAUGUCCGCAACAUGCCCGAAACUGAAGUAUCUCAGCCUCCCCCUCCCAACCCGUGGCAGAACUGGACGAGGACGCCCAGUCCCUUCGAGGACCGCACAGCUUUCCCCUCCAAGCUGAGCUCCCCAGGCAACAGCCCCAAUCCUGACCGCAACGACUUUGAGCAGGAGAUGCAUCAUGGAGAGCUGCCGGGCACGUUCCCCUCCACAGGAACGUGGGGUUACCUAGACUCCAGGAGCUCUGGGCAGGGGCGCAGCAGCCAGCAGGCCAACAUGUACCAACAUGUCCAAUCCAAGCCCACUAGACCAAGCUCUGGGGCCAUGGUGAUGAGCAAGAGCUCUGAGCGCCUCUCUCCCAUGAUGAAGGAGGUGAAGGCUAAGUUCAAGAAGUCCCAGAGCAUUGAUGAGAUAGACAUGGGCUCCUACAAUGUGUACAGUAUUCCCGUGGACACCUACAGCUCCAGCAUAGAGAAUCAGGGGAGUGUUGACCGUCCAGACAUGCCGGGCCCCAUGGAGCAGAGCAUGUCCCGGAGCCAGUCUGCCCCCAUGCUGGACGAUGAUGAUGCCUACGGAGCUAAUAGCCAGCAGCAGAAGCCUUCCAUCCCCAAGAAGGUCUACCACUUCGACCAGAGCUUCAACCCUCAGGGGGCUAUGGAUUUGAGGAAUCAGCAGCAGGAGAGGAGGGCCCCUCCACCCUUCCCCAACACCCCUGAGUACAUCAACCAUCCGGGGAAGACCCUGCCCAAGGAGCUGGUGAGCCCCAGGGGCUACCGGGGUUACCCUCCCAUGGACCAGAUGUUCUCCUACUCUCAGCCCUCAGUCAACGAGGAGAACCAGCCGCCCCAGCAGCAGCAACCUUUCCCCAUCCCCAGUCAGCGCUCCCGGCCUGGGUUCCUGAGGCGGGCCGACUCCCUGGUCAGCUCCACAGAGCUGGCCCUGUUCCGCAGGGUUCAGGAGGCCCAGGAGAUGCAGCAGAAGUCGGACCACUAUGGCCGGCAGCAUUUCAAAGGCAUGUUGGAGCACCAGAACAGUCUGGCCAGCAUGGCCCAGCAGGACCAACAGUACAACAAGAGGAACGGCAGGUACGAGGAAGACUACUCCUCCUACCAGGAGCCUAAGAAGCCCAUCAUGGGCUACCCCACUAAGAGCCUAACACAGCGGCGCCCUCUGUCGGCCAGGAGUUACAGCACGGAGACGUUCGGGGCGUCCCAGGCCAGGCCUGUUUCUGCCAGACCCACCAUGGCUGCCUUGUUGGAGAAGAUGCCCCCAGAUUAUAAUCUGAGCACGUGUACUGAGAAUAUAAAGAGCCCUGAUGAGAUGAAAAUGCGCACCAUGCAGCUGCAGCAUAAGCCUGAAGAUAUGUCCUCUAAGAUGCCAGUAGACUGGAGGCAACAGCUGCUUAGACAUAUAGAGGCCAAACGAUUAGACCGGAGCGCUGUCCUUAAGCACAACACAGUAAACUUCGGCAUGCUGUGCUCUGGAGGCUAUGCUGCACCGCAUGCCAGCAGAAGCAUGACAAUAAACUUUUACAAUAACAUGAAUAAGCAUGAAAACCAAACAACACAGUGGCUACCUCUACCCAAUACCCCCUCUCAACAGAGCAAUAUAUUGGACAACGGCCAGGAGGUGGUCUCUCCCACUACUCAGUGGGCCCCCUACUCACUGGGCAGGAGAGACGUGCCCCCAGAAAACAUCAUGAAAAAGCUUCCUGACUCUUUGCCUAACGGGUUGAAUUACCCACAGGCAGGCGGCCACCACCACCACCACCCCCACCAAUCACAGACCAUGAUCGUGACAUCCACAUCGGCCACACCCCCACACCGCUCAGUGCGGGACCAGCAGUAUGAGGGUGCCAUCAACAAGAUCUCCAUCCAACAGUACCAGUCUCCCCUGCCCAUGGCCACCACCACCCGUCCCCAGAGUGCACGCUGCCUCAUCCAGACCAAAGGCCAGAAGAGCAUGGACGACUUCCAGGAGCAGUUCUGUGUGCGGAUAGAGAAGAAUCCAGGUUUAGGGUUCAGCAUCUCAGGGGGAAUCAGUGGCCAAGGGAACCCUUUCAAGCCUUCUGACAUGGGUACAGCCUGAUGGACCGGCCUCCAACCUGCUACAGCCUGGGGACAAAAUACUGAAGGUAACCGUGUUCUUCAUCACCGCAUCGAUCAUCGUUGUCCUCUGAGUCUGUGAGCACAUCCUCCCUCCUCCACAUUGCCUGUAGAGGCUUUGCAUGUGGCAUUUUGUGCUGGAUGUACGUGUGUCUACCAAGUGAGCAUGGUCCUCUGUUUUGACCUCUGUCAAACUUCCAACAUGCUUUACUUGUCCCUAAGUCAGACAAAAGGAAGAGUGGUUAUUGUUUCCUAAUAAAGGCCAAUGGAAACAGAUUUAAUCUAAGUGGAUCACAUACAAGUAACUUUACUGAUAUAAGAUUCCUAAUGUGAUGUUUUAGAUGCCUGAAGACUAAGUAGUAACCAGCAAUGUAUUGUGCUGGAUGAAUUGAUUUGUUUCUGAAAUACUAGUGAAGGUCAAAGUACAACCUGGCCCGUAUCUACAAAGCGUCUAAGAGUAGAAAAUUGGUUGUGCUGAGAAUAGAGACAUUUUACUCCUACUCUUAUGAGUAAAAAUAAAAGCUAUGCAUGAAGCCUCUUUCAUAAGAGUCCCACCUAGUCGCCAGAUAUUUAGAGGAGACCUCAUGAGCUGUCCAAACAAGUGAAGACUAACCAGCAGAUGUCUUGAUAAUAGAAAAGUGUAGCACUGCAGCGAGUCAGUAGUUACUAGCUCUGACUUUGCUAAUGGCUACUUUAUUGAGGAAAAAUGUACUCACUAUGACUGUGAUAUGUGGUUGUCCCACCUAGCUAUCUUCAGAUGAAUGCACUGUAUGUCGCUCUGAAUAAGAGCUUCUGCUAAAUGACAAAAAUGCUAAAUGUUCCUGCGCCACAUGUAAUUGCUUUGGAGUGGUUAAAAGAAGAAAUGAUCAAAACAUAUCUGAUCAAUCCAUUAGUAAUCUAGACCUAGACUACAUGCAACAGUUGUGCUUUUCACAAUGAUUUCACACAAGGGCAAUUUCCCAUGAUAUUCAAACACUUACAGUAUUAACCACUAGACUAAUAAAUAAACACAUUUUUUUCUUUCAAUUAUUUAAUUAACCUACAUAAUGUUAUUUCAAGUUAUCCCUUUGGAGCACAAUAUCACAUUGGUAAAAAGAUUCCUAAAUUGACCAUGCCUAUCGUUUGGGCAAUUGAAGGCAACUAGGGCCUAUGUUAGCUUUGAUUGUGUUUGAUGAAAAUUAUACAACCUGACUUGAUGCCUACUGUGCCAAAGCGAUAUAGAGUUGUUUAACGGGAGUGACGAAUGUGAUAUAACGGUAAUAUUAUAGAAAUUAAACUUUUAACAAUUAUCAUAAUUGGUUAAAAAAAGGUUAUGCAGGCCAACAUAUUAGGCAAUAAUUAAGAAUAGGCAAAGUUAUCCUGUCAGGUGAAAAUGAUUUCAAACGUUUUACCAUUUCAACAUUUGGUGUAGCCUACAGUCACAUUCAACAUUAUCAGAAGUGUGAUAUAGUUCACAGCUGGCGAUGCUUCAUCGCGAUUUGGUUAUUCCCAAUCAAGCAAUAUCAAUGUGCGUCAUCACUAUAUUUCCUUUGCGGCACCUCAAACUCUCAUGAUUACCAGCUGAGUGAAACUUGUAAAUUGAUUAAAUUACUCCUGGGUUUGUCGGAGCAGCGUCUUUACAUCAUCUUAAAACCUACUCUGAGCUGGGUUUUUUGUUGUCUUAAACACAUUUUUAAUAGGAUUCCUAGCAUAUUUUCUGAGAUGCUUUGUGGAUACGACACCUUAUCUCAACGUUUUUGAUAACCUUGAAAGCCCUGCAGCCAUUUUUUCUCAACUAUUUUCUAUACCUUUCAACUUUGCACUGUGCAGCAAAUAUUGUAUUGGGUCUUCUCUUCUACUUCAGUAUAAUCAGAUCCCUGAGUCUCUUUUUCUAAAUAUUUCAGGAGUCAACCUUUUAGGAAGAGCAUAAGAGCUCUGCCACCCCAUGCGAUAAGACACGAAUUACACACUAUGAUGUGGUGUUGUAUUUAGCUUAGGUAGAGGGCUGUUAUUUUAAAAGGAACUCACCAUCACACAAACUGUAAAUAGGAUCGACACUGUCAGAGUAAGUGUUUACCAUAGUGCAGAGAGGGAACUGUACCCUUUGUAGAUUGUCAGAUUCCUGGUCCAUGUGAAGCUACUGUCAAGGCUAGUCAAACACCUGACAGUGAAGCCUACAUGAACAAGCCAGGCUCUCUGUGCCAAUACAAUUUAAUGGGAUUGGAAUAGUCCCUACAGUUAUUGGCAUGUCUCUUGUAUCUCUGUGGCUUUAAAUGUGUGCUUGUAGAAGCCCUCGCCCCUCGCCCACCCGUAGCCUGCAGAAGCAGAAACCUCUCUUCUCUUUCCACAGAUGCAAGUGUUAGCUGAAGGACAUACCUCUAAAGAUCCACUUCUCUCCUCCUUCUCUCCUUUACAGCAUGACCUCCUCCUCUUCCUGUAUGCAUCUCUCUGCUUUGUCUCUCCUCUUUUCCUUGACAGUGUUGUUUGUUUAUCUCCUCUGAGCUAGGGCUGUUCCCAGUCCUCUCCGUGCCGCCCUGCCCCGCCCUGCCACUUCUCACUCACGUCACUCUGUUCACCCUCUGCUUAAUUUUUGCAUUGCAGGCCAAUGGACAUAGUUUUUUACACAUGGAACAUGAAACUGCUGUGUCUCUUCUGAAGAAUUUCCAGAAAACUGUGGACUUAGUAAUCUUGAGGGAGAGCACAAUUUAAAUAUUUUUUUAUAACACCAUUGCUUCUCUCCCAACGGGUUGUGGAAAUGUAUACAACCAGUUUUUAUCUAGGAACAGUGACAUUUGCCGAUUGCUGGACCAAUGGCAAAUACUAGUGCCAAAUGUACUAUAGGAUACAUAUCUUAUAACCUAUCUAUGAAUUUUAUGUAAACAGGAAUUGUAUCUCUUGAGUUGAUGUGAAGGAAAGUCAUUUUUAUUGGAGGUUGGAGCAAUUUUCUUAGUUUUUAUUUGGACAUUUUUUGCGUAUUUAUAUUGCCUUUUAUUUUGUACCUUUUUCAUUGUAGCUUCUCAUUUUACUCUCAGAGCAUGAAAACACACUAGCUCUUUAGGAAUUCUAAUCACCAUAAACACUGCCUCAACUUUGUAUAUGCCGUGGGUAAAUAUUUUCAUUUACAAUAAAGACAUGAACAGUAGCGAGAGGAUUGGGACAGAAAUAAAAUGUUUACAAAAAAUCCUAGCUUACAGGGCCAAUUUAUAAAGUUUUUUAUUUUGUAUUAUUUAAUUAUUCUAGGUUUUCCCACCGGUUUAUUUCAUUAAUGUCUCUAUACACUAUAUUGAUUGUUAUACCCAACCAGUCACUACAUUAUAUAAGGUCGAUUUUUGGUAGUUGCUCAAUAAUGUAUAUGUUUGCACAAAUUAGCUACAUUUUAAAAGUAGAAGCAAUAUUCAAUCCCACAUCUGAAAGGGUUUAUUUUAGAUUACAAGACUACCCUAGAGGGCCAUCUGCUGGCUACAUUGUGUUUACACGUAUGUGCUGCAAUUGCACCAAGGAGUAUGUAAUGUCACAUACCCCCAUAUUCAACUCCUAAAGAAUUUCCAUACAGAAAAGUUGUAACAUUGUUUCUCAUCUGUUUGUGUUAAAAACAAAAUAGUUUGUUCGCAAUGAUUUGAAGUAAUUUUGAUGUGCUUUUCAGCACCACUCUGUAGAACACAAAUUACUUUCGAUGUCUUCAUUUUAAGCUCCGUUUAUUAUGAGAAUGCACUAUUGGAAAAGUAUUCAUGUGAGAAUUAUGUAUAUAUAUUUUUUAACAAUGCUGCUGACCAGAAUAGGCAUUUCACUCUGUUCCAUUUCUGGAUGGAUGUUCAUUUUAAGUUCUGACAUUACAGCAUGCUUUCAUGGUUAUAAUGGUCUUUGGAUAUGUUUUUUGGAUGCAUUCUCUGUGUUUUCAAAUUUUGGGAUCUCUCUCAUAAAGAAUUUUCUCUCAUUGCAAACCGGUGAGGUUUACAAAGAGACAUUAUUAUAUUGUGACAUUUGGUGCCAUUUUAUUACAAUCAAAAACAUAUACCUUAUGAGCCCUAACAAUGUUUCAUUACUAUUUUUGUCAAAUGUAGCAUCAAUUGUGACAUUCUUGAGCAAAACCAAGCACCUAUAACCCUAUGGAGGGACCCUGGUUGAAUUUGUGCCAAGCUAAGCUGGUACGUUGUACUUCAAUAUCCAGUAAAUUACGAGUUAAAAUAUUCAAGAUAUUGUGAGAAAGUUUGAUAAUAUAAUUAUUUUUACUAAAUGUUUUCAGGUUAUUAUUCAGAAUAUAUUGAUAUACCUUAGCUUUGCUCAAAUUGCGAGAUUUUAUAAGGACAAUGAAAAAGUAUAGGUGAAGUACUUAUGACUUGGAGAAUAAAAGCUGUGCUAUCAAAUGUAUAAAACCAUAUUUCUACAGUAAUUGUGAAUUUGUGUUAUACAAAUAUAUUAUAUAUAUAUAUAUAUAUGAAUAUAAAAGAGUAAUUUUUGUAUAUGUUUAAAAUACAAUUAAAUAUAAAGUGAAUAUAUGGUACUAUUCUGUCUAAUUGCGGUGUUGAUGUAAAUAAUGGUGACUGAAAACAAAUUGAGAUCAUUUAUUCAUAUAGAUUGUGAAUGUACUCCAAGCUUGUGCAGUAUGAAGACUAACUGGACUUGAAUGCUGCUUCAUUUUUUUGUGCAAAAAGUAAUUUUAACUAUUGAAAGACAAUAAUUCUGUUAAGUUGGACAAAUUUAGUGACAGUUUAUUGUACUAUUUAUUUGCACAUGCAAGUUUAAUCCUUCCAUUAUUUUUAUGUAUUAACACAGAUUGGUGAAGUGUGUGUGUGUAAUAUAUAUACACUGCUCAAAAAAAUAAAGGGAACACUAAAAUAACACAUCCUAGAUCUGAAUGAAUGAA